AUGUCAGAAUCGAGCCAGCUCUCUGUUGCAGUCUCGAUAGUCCAGUUCCUGAGCCAAGCAGUGAAAGGUUUCUUGGGACUGGAGCUGAUCGAUGGGUUGCUGCACUUCAGAUUUGGAAUGACUAAUCUUGUCGUCACAGUAAUCAGCCUGGUUAGACUUCAGCAAGAGAAGUGGUAUCAGAUCAAUGCUAACAGGUUUGGACAUGAAGGUUCAAUCAAAGUAACAGAAAUGGUGUCACAGAGAUCGCAUUCAGCAUUCGGAAGCCAAAAUACAUUAGACAAAUACCUCCUGCUGGUCCCAACCUCCACCGUUUACAUAGGAGGAAUCAUAGGAAAUAUGAAGCUGAAUCAUGCCAUGUUAAGUACAAGAAAUUUCACGGGAUGCCUUCAUAAUAUAUCGCUGAAUGGAAUACCAUUCGACAUUUGGAGGCCUCAGAGUCCACAAGAAAAACAAAGCUGCUGUCAUUUCAUAACAAGUCAUGUGGAAGAACCUUCAACAUCUCCUGGUACCAGUUUUCAUGGCUUUGGAUACUUGUCUCUGCCAUUGCAAGACUUUCACUUUGGUGAGUCGGCAACAUUAUCCUUGCGCUUCUAUACACUCGCAUCCUACGGAGUCCUCCUGACAUUGGCUGAUACUGCAAAUUCCUAUGAUCCAUGGCUCUUACUACUGGAGGAAGGACAUCUUACUAUCCAGCAAGGACUAGAUAGUAAACGCAAUUCCAAACUUGUCACCAAACAUCCAGUCAACCUUGGCCACUGGCACCAGGAAAUCAAGGGCAUUGAUACUGGAAGCAAGGAAACAUUAUUUCAGCUUCCGCCAUUCCUUCCAGUCCACAAUAGCUCACAUGUGAAAGGUUUCUUGGGACUGGAGCUGAUCGAUGGGUUGCUGCACUUCAGAUUUGGAAUGACUAAUCUUGUCGUCACAGUAAUCAGCCUGGUUAGACUUCAGCAAGAGAAGUGGUAUCAGAUCAAUGCUAACAGGUUUGGACAUGAAGGUUCAAUCAAAGUAACAGAAAUGGUGUCACAGAGAUCGCAUUCAGCAUUCGGAAGCCAAAAUACAUUAGACAAAUACCUCCUGCUGGUCCCAACCUCCACCGUUUACAUAGGAGGAAUCAUAGGAAAUAUGAAGCUGAAUCAUGCCAUGUUAAGUACAAGAAAUUUCACGGGAUGCCUUCAUAAUAUAUCGCUGAAUGGAAUACCAUUCGACAUUUGGAGGCCUCAGAGUCCACAAGAAAAACAAAGCUGCUGUCAUUUCAUAACAAGUCAUGUGGAAGAACCUUCAACAUCUCCUGGUUAG